GUAGAGUAGCCUGGAAAACACGGCAGCUGCCCGGAAGAUCAUAGCAAUCCCACGCUGUGGGGGGAGAGUGGAGGUUUUCCCAAGGGAGGAGGAGGAUGCCCCUGGCACAACUAAGACCUUCUCAUAGAGAUGCUGCAGUUGGUGCCUUUGAAAAAGCCUGGAUGCUAAUACACUGUGAAUUAUAAGAAGGGGUGGGGCGGCAGAUUCCAGAAUUGGGGCCAAAGAAACCCCCAAAGACGCCUACUUGCAAGCCACACCCCGGAAUGGAGAGAUCCACGGAAAUACCAGUUACUUUUUGAAAGGUCCCCAGGGAGAAAUGAAAUACUUUGGACAGGAGGAUAACCCUAUGGGCUGGCAGGCACUGUUGUCACCCCGUCGUUGCCUCUCGUAACCGAUCCAGUACCAGGACCCUAGGCAACCAUUGGAAGGAGGCCUUCAGGAUCUCUUAAUGGGCAAUGUGUCCCCACCUGCUAGCAUUCUCUAAAGCCACUUAGACCAGCUCAAGAAGUUCUGGGUCACAAUCGCCUUCACAGAGGGAAAAGGUCUUCUGGUGAACCUUGAGACUCAGGAGUCUGGCUGUACCUCCUUCCUGACUCCUGCUGUCCUCACAGACUUUUCCUCAGAAGAAACACCAGGUGAAGUGAGUUCCUGAGGGCUGGUGACUGCUGAUGCCAGAUCAUCAGCCUCCCCCUCCUAAGGCUCUCUCCUAGCUUGAGGGUUUGCCUGGCAGCAAUGUUGCAGUGCAAGCAUGCUGAGGAGUUCAGUUUUGGUCCCCGGGCCCUAAAGGAUGCCCUCAUCUCCACCAACCCUGUCCUGCAGGAACUCUAUGCUAAGGCUUUUUCCACCACUGAGAGGUUUUUCCUCUCUGAAGCAUACAACCCACAGAGGACCCUCUUCUGUACAUUGGUCAUCAGGACCGCCUUUGACUGGCUCCUAAGCCACCCUGAUGCCCCAGAGGACUUUGAGACUUUCUACCACUCUCUUGUAAGGAGGAAACAGAGCACAUGUCGGAAGCAUAUUUACUUACAGCCAAUAGAGCUAAGCGAAGGACCUGUGGGGAGUUCCCUCCUGGACUGUCUCCGAGGAUUCAUGGAAUCUUUCUUCUUGGGGCUUCGGGUAAAGUGCCUUCCCUCCGUACCAGUCUCUUCCAUCCACUGCUGCUUCCGUCAUAAUCGGGACUCUGACAGGAUCCAGCUCCAUGCGGAUAGCAUUUUGACCUUCCUGAAAAACAAUAAACCUAUGGAUGCCCUGUGUGUGCUGGGUCUCACACUCAAGGACCUGUAUCCCUGUGAAAACUGGAGCUUCACUUUUGGCAAAUCCCUUCCAGGACAAGAAGUAGGAGUGUGCAGCUUUGCCAGGUUUUCAGCUGAUUUCUGCCAGGCUCCAGGGGCUGAGGAGAUGCCAGACAUCACCCUGAAGGUACCUGAGAUAACCUUGAGGGACAGAAAUCGGACAUUAUUCUUCAGCAUUCUGGAGAUGCUCCAGUGCUGCAAGGUCACAUGUCAUGAGAUCUGCCACCUGAUUGGCUUGGGAAAUUGCCGCUGGCUGAGCUGCAUCAUGCAGGGAGCCCUGAGUUUGGAUGAGGCCCUCCUCCGGCCCCUGGAGCUUUGCCCGAUCUGCCUUCGGAAGCUGCAGUAUUUCAUUGGAUUCAAGCUCAUUGAGAGAUACAAGAAACUCUAUGCUUGGAUCCAAACUGUGGCUGUGACGUGGCCCCGUCAGGAGGCAGGAGACUCGUCUGUGUCCGAGGAUGUCCUCCCCUUCAGCUCAGACUCAGGAAUGGGCUGUGAGAACGACUCUGAGGCAGUCACAAGCCUGUCAGAGCCCCUCACCCCAGACACAUGCAGUCAUGCUUUCUCCAUUGGGCAGGAGCUGGAGCCUGAGGAGGGAAUGUGCUCCCUGGCAGACCUGGACAGCCAGCAACAGCUAGGAGAUCUUUCUGGCUCCUCAGAUAUCAUCAAAGAGCAUGAACUCUGGCUGGCAACUUGCAUCUCUGCCCUGGAGAGGGAUGUCUCAGAGGAAGAGCUGGCUGAAGUAGAUGGGGCUGUGGAUGCCCUCGAGAGGUGGGAGAUGUUCACAGGGCAACUCCCAGCCCCCAGAAAGGACUUGCCUUUCAGUAGAGACACUGUAGGGCUACGAAAAGUCCUGGGGGACAAAUUCUCCUCCUUAAGGCGGAAGCUGAGCACAAGAAAACUGUCUAAAGCUGAAACUUCCCCUUGUCGAUGGAAGUGGGAAGACAAUUAGUGUAGCAAUACCUUUCUUGACUCCUUUUUGUUCAAGGUAGAAAAAAAAUUGUCUUUUCCAUUUGUCUUUCCCUUUUCCCUCUUCAGCUCCAUUAUACUUACAAGCAAAACUGAGUUGAAAAGUAACCAAGGACUCUAUGGAUGUAUCACAGUGGGAGGUCUUCCCACCCCACAAAUGCCUAUUUAUAUUAGAUUACUGAAUAAGAUUUAGUUUCUACCAUUUCCUUUACAGAAUCACAGAUCAAUAUUAGAAGGAACUCAGAGACCAUCUAAUCUAACUUCUACUCCUAUUAAGAAUCCUUCAUCCAUCCCCAAUUAGCCUUUGCUUGAAAAACUCCAAGUGAGGGGAAACCUAUUACCUCCCACGGCAGCCAUUCCAAGGCAGUGGAAUCACUUUGGGAUGGUUCUAAUAUGAAGUUUUAAACUCACUGAUUUAAUUCUGUCCACCUUUCCUCCCUCCUUCCCCAAAUCCCAACCCUAGAUCUCAGAUAUCCUUAGAGCUCCAGAUACUGAGCUGAGGUCCAAUGAGGUAACAUGUAAAGCGCCUUGUAGACCUUAAAGUGCUCUAUAAAUGCCAUUAUAUUGUUAUUCAUGUUGUUGUUGUUGUUAUUGUAACUGGGUGCCAUAAGAGAUGAAGAGAGUCCUUGUGUUCCAAGCUUCUUGAAAUGUCUGUGGCUUCCUAAACAAAGGUGUCUGAGAGAGGAGCAGGCAUGACAAAUCUUACUAUCUUUCAGUGCCUAAGGUGCUGACCUACGAUGGGUCAAUAUUCACAUUAACUUCAAGGAGAAACCAUAUCUGCUCUCCAGGUUUCGGGCUCCCUCUUCUGGGAAUCUGGAAUCUCUUUGAGGCUGGGACAUGGGUCCCUCUCCCCUAUUGCCAGCAGAGGGAUCUGUGCCUGUGGCAAUUGAAGGAAGGAAGUGGUUCAGUCAAUCUCUCAUUCCCGGCUGAGAUUUUAGUGCCCACUGGUCUCUUUAGUUAUUUAUAUCUAGCAGCUCAAGAGGCUGAUAGAAUUUCAGGCAGGGGAGUAACAGAGGAAAUACACUGACUCCCUCCAGUAGCAAAUUCAAAUUGGCAUUCCAAGGCUGAUGAUAGGUAUCUCCACUCCCACAAAAGGGGAAACCAGCUUUUUUCCUUAUCUAUGCUGCCUCCCUCUGUAAAGCAAAGCCAGUCUUAAUGAUCAAGACUUCAAUGGCAAUUACAUCAAUAACAGUAUGUAACAAUGUUCACCCCAUGUAAAUCCAUGUGGUCCUCAGGCAGGGUAACCAACUUUCACUAAAAAUAAUCAUUUUUGUAAAAAAAAAAUAGUGAUCUUGUAAGAAUGUGUCCAAUGUAAACCUUGCUCUUUUUCUUUCUUUCACAGACUUUGGGGGGGGGGAGGAGUAGGGAUGAUCUGAAAAGUGCUGCAAGAUUUUGACCCUUUCCCUCCUAUUCUGAAGCAGAUGCUUGUAAUAACUUGCAGGUCACAGUGAGGUCUGGGUAGACUAAAAGGGUAAGGACCGAGUCUUCUGAUCUGAAGCCUGUCUAUGUGGAAGAGUCAGAAUGAAGACGAGAAAUCUUAAUGCAGAGAUGCAAGGGCUCACAGAAUGAGCAGAGAGGAUAAAAUACAGUUAUUUUUGCAGGUGAGUCCUGCUCCAGGAAAAUGCCAGGACAUGAAUGCUGACUGUUGUAACUCAAAAGUAGCAUUAACAUGUUCAAACUGACACUCCUCUUUAUAGUCUUGAGAGGGCUUACUAUGAGGGCUCUUUAAAUAAGAAUUAAGAGAAGAUAAAGAACAAUGUGUGAACCAAAGAGUGAUAUUGUGCAAAGAAAAUAUCAUUAUAUAACAGCAUUGCUGGAACAGAGGAAUACAAAAACAGUUUCCUUCCUGGGUAGCCUACUGAUGUUCCAUAAUCUUACCCACUUUCUGAUUUCCUCCUGAUCUCUUCUAUAAUGGAUUUAUAGAAGGCUGUACUUAGAUUAAAUAGAGAUCCCAAUAAUAAAAGGCAUGGUACAGCCCUCUAGGAGCUGAGGGCAUAAUGUCAUGUAUGGUCAUCACUAGUUAUUUUACCUUAUCAGUCAAAUGGAUGACUUUCAGAUGGGAAACAAUUGAUUCAGUCGACUGGUACCUAAUUAGGUACUUUUGCCCACACCCUCUCAAUCCCCAGUGGUUUUGAGAACAAAUGAAGAGCAUGUGGAAGAUGGUAAGAAGCAAUAAUCAAUAUACAUUUUAAAAGAGAGCACUUUGCAGCAGUCUUUGUUGCUUACUAAGCAAAGAUGGUGGAAACCCUUGGGGAGUAGAGCUUUUAAAACGAAACAUUCUGGGAGCAAAGACUUCAAGGUCAAUCCCCACUAACCUCCUAAGCCUCAAUUCCUGCUUUUGCUCAUGCUGACAGCUAAGAUCUUGAAAUACCAACAUAAAACCAGUUAACAUGGACAGUAGAUUUGCUAUUAAAUUCACCCUGUACAAAUCUCUCCCAAGUUUUUUAGGCCUACGAUGGAACACAAGUUAGACCUUAUUACCUUGUGAUCUUGACCCUUAACCUCUUUGGACCUGUUUCCUCAUCAGCAAACGAGGGAUUUGAAUUUUGGUGAUGUCUGAGGUCCUUUCCAACUCUAAAUCCACGAUUCAUGCCCGUAAAAUGAAGCUAAACUCAUUAUCAGUUGCAGACAUUAGUUUCCAAGAAGUCAGAGGGACUGAAUGAAAUUAAAUCAUUUAGCAGCUUGUUUUCAUUUCUGUACUAAAGAAGACCACUCUACCUAAUUUUCUCAUGUUAUUGGCUUAACAAAAGACUUUCAAAGUAUAGGCAUCUCCUUACCUUCGAUGGGCAUAUACACAAAAUUUUAAUUGGAUUGGCAAUUGCCUAACUGGUACCUUCAUCAGCAUAGGUACGGGACAGGUGACAUGGCACAAAGGAGAGAACAUAGGCUCUAGAGGAUGUUAUCAUAUGCCAAGUCUCUACAUUCUGAGCAGAGGGGCACUUCCUAUCUGCUACUGAAAAGGAAGAAGAUGUAUCCUCCAGGUUGGGAAGAUAGAAAAAAAAAAGAUGAUAUUGGAAGGGAAGGUGGCCUUCAACAUUUACACGUGCUUGUAAGUGACAAUCUUCACUAACACAGGACAGCAGUGGAGCACAACAUGAGGAGCUCAGGAUGUGGAGUCGGAGAGAACUGGCCUCCACUUCCCAGCUGUCUCUUUCUGACCUUAGACAAUUCCCUUCGGCCUUCCGGACCCUCCAUUCCUCACCGCUAAAACGAAGCAGCUGGACUACGUUACCUUUAAAGGCCCUUCUCUUCCAAUUCUGAGUCUAUGUUCCUAUGAAAGACACACUGUAGCUCUUGACUAAAUUGGUCUAGCCCUGACAGGAGAGGAAACAGGACAGCAAAGACACUGUUGAAUGAAUAAAAAAGGUCAAAAGCAGUAAGGAAACCUGUAGCCACCUGGUUUUAAAGCAAUAACUCUCUCUCAGCCCUGUACUCCUUGGUUGAUGAGAUUACUCAGAAGACCUUUUGGCAGAAAUGAGCAGACUGGGUGGGUGGCCAGGGUUUGGGGACAAAGACGCCAACAAAAAUAAAACCCUGAGGAGCUCAGGCUUAUUUGGUUUGUUUAUUUAAAGAGGGAGAGGUCCCCCCCCAAAGAAUAUUUAUAUCCUCAUGAAGGCCAAAGAAUGAGGACUUAGUGUGGCUGUCUCACAAACUUGUUCUUGAGAAGGCUUACACGUGGCUGCGAUGAAACAAAAGCCUUCCUUAUAAGCUUGCUGUGUUAAAGCUACAGCAAGAGGCAAAGAGGUGGAUUUUGCUGCCUGGUUUCAGGCCUAAAAAGGGACAGCAAAGACAUAUGUAUUUCACACUCCAUUUUCCAAAAAUGGCUUUCAAUCACUUUGGCUACUCCAGAAACUGACAGCUGAAGGGACCAGAAUGGGAUUAGACUCAACCAUGGUCUCAUUCUAAAUGGGGGCACCUACAUAGAUAGAAGCUUCUAUUGCUUCAAAAAAAUCAA